AUCCAGGACAGGAUAGGGCUGUCGCCCCCCUCCACACAUGCCAAAAACCAUCCCAUUCCCAGCACCUCAUUUCUCGUCGUCUUUGUAUGCUCCAUUAGCAGACUGAUGAAGCACAAGUUUCACACUUGAGCAUACUCAUUCAACCAUCCAUCCGAAGCAAACAAACUCCCAUCCUUCUCUCUCUCUCUUGUCUGUAUGCUUGCCUGGUUUUGAAUUUUCUUUUAAAAUAAAAAAGGAAGAGAGGCAUGGCGGCCACAGCGUCCCUGAAGAGCAGCCUUCUCCUCCCGUCUCCUAUCUCCGACUUCAGCGGCGCAGCCGUCUCCAUCUCAGUCUCAGCGCAGAAGAGGAGGUCAUCAUGGCAGCCAAGAGGGGCGAGGGUGCAGGUCUCGGCGGCGGCGGCGGCGGACUCCAAGAACAUUUUGGUGAUGGGGGGAACAAGGUUCAUUGGGGUCUUCCUGUCCAGGAUCCUUGUCAAGGAGGGUCAUCAGGUUACAUUGUUCACUAGGGGAAAGGCACCCAUAACUCAGCAGUUACCAGGAGAAUCCGACGCAGAGUACGCAGAGUUCUCCUCCAAGGUUCAGCACUUGAAAGGUGACAGGCAGGACUUCGAAUUCGUCAAGACAAGCCUGGCUGCUAAGGGAUACGAUGUCGUUUACGACAUCAAUGGACGUGAGGCUGUGCAAGUUGAGCCUAUCAUUGACGCCUUGCCUAACCUGGAACAGUACAUCUAUUGCUCAUCGGCAGGAGUGUACCUGAAAUCUGACAUUCUUCCACACUGUGAGGUUGACGCGGUGGACCCCAAGAGCCGUCACAAGGGGAAGCUGGAGACGGAGAGCCUGCUGACAUCGCGCGGCGUGAACUGGACGUCCAUCAGGCCCGUGUACAUCUACGGCCCGCUCAACUACAACCCCGUGGAGGAGUGGUUCUUCCACCGGCUAAAGGCCGGCCGCCCCAUCCCCAUCCCCGGCGCCGGCAACCAGAUCACCCAGCUCGGCCAUGUCAAGGACCUGGCAAGAGCCUUCAACCUGGUGCUGGGCAACCCCAAGGCGAGCCAGCAGAUCUUCAACAUCUCCGGCGCCAAGUACGUCACCUUCGACGGCCUUGCGCGGGCCUGCGCAAAGGCUGGAGGGUUCCCUGAGCCGGAGCUCGUCCACUACAACCCCAAGGACUUCGACUUCGGCAAGAAGAAGGCUUUCCCCUUCAGGGACCAGCACUUCUUUGCGUCUGUGGAGAAGGCGAUCAGCGAGCUCGGGUGGACGCCGGAGUUCGACCUCGUCGACGGGCUCACCGACUCGUACAACCUCGACUUCGGCCGCGGCACGUUCCGCAAGGCGGCUGACUUCACCACAGACGACAUAAUCCUCGGCAAGAAGCUUGCCACCACCCGAGCUCUUAUCUGAUUCUGAUACCUCCCCAUAUCCCGGUGUCGUGAUCGGGGCUGUUGGUGAGCGGAUAACUGUAUGUCAUAUGGCUAAGGGUCAGUGCACGCAGCUGCUAGGGUGCCAAUAUGUACGAUUGCUGGCUGCAAAUGCGGGAAAAAUGCAUGAAUGGAAAGAUGAUCUCAAUUUUUUGUCUGCAAUGAUGCGCGUACCCUUGUACAUAUAGAGAACUUAUGGUACGACCACGGGUACAUAUCAGCUCUUAUCUCAUACCUCUGUUCGCUUGUCUUAUAUGAGUAUAUUUUUAGCUAGUCAUAUUUUUUUCUCAUAAUAAAUCAGCGAUUAUGGCUUUUCA